UUAGCCUAAUCGCGUGCCUCUCCUCCUCCUUCUAGCCUCAACCUCUGUUCAGCAGCCGCGCAGAGAUUUCUCUCCGAACUGUCCUAUUCUUCUUUCCACUGUACAGCCUCACUCCAACGGUUGCAGCGUCCGUUUGUGUUAAUUGGUGAAUCAUAUCUUUCUCUCGAAAUCUUUCCAUUUGGACAUAGAGGGUGGACUGGUAUAAGAUAUAUUUCUAGUGAGCCAUCAAUCAGGCGGUGUGUUACUUCUCCAACUCCAUUUCGGCUACUUGGGCCUCCAGAAGUCCUUCGUUCUGCAUUUACUCUGAAUUCAUAUCCAGAUGACACUGACGACCCUAUCCGAGAUAAAAUCCCUGCAUGGGAUCUCACGAUCACAGAAGAUGUCCACAGACGGUUGGCUUGCAUCCUUGAAGAUAGAAGCGUCUCGCCAGUGUGUCUGCAAUGGCAUUUGGAGAUGUCUUGGCAUCACUGUCCACAAACCACCCUCCCUCAGACUCAUUUGUGCAUUGAGGAGAUCCAGUCAUUAUAGAAAACAAACCCGGGAGCAUCUCUAUAGCGCAGCUCUAUGGCUCCACCGGUACCACUCCAAAACGUUAGCAUACAAUGUCAAGGCAUUUGCCGAAUUUGGGUGUUUGAAAGACUUGUUGGAAAUUCUCUACCGUAUUGUUAAUGGCCCAAAAGUUCGGUACAUCCAAAUUAGGGAGAGAAAGAGAGUUAGGAGACGAAGACAACAGAGAAUGAUGGUGAAGACAACGAAGUCUAGAAGAAAAUAACACAAUGCUUUGAUGGAGAAGAGAAUGAAAUCAAAAUUAAUGCAGAAAAGGAGGAGAAAGCUACAAACGAGAUGGAUGGAGAAGAGAAUGAGUUAUAAAGUAAUGCUGAAAAGGAAGGUGAUGCAUUUGAGAAAUAGGAAAAGAAUUAUGAUGGCAAGGAAGGCCAUUGAGAGGUACAACUAUGAUUCAAAAUACCGUUUCUUACAUGAUCAGAUUUCUAGUCUCGUUGCUGAGCUACUUAAGGCCGAUCUUGAGUAUUUGAUUUCUGGGCAGAUAACAAAAAUCAGUUUGGCAUCGAAGUGGUGCCCUUCUCUUGAUUCUUCUUAUGAUCGUUCAACAUUAAUUUGUGAGAGUGUUGCCAGAAGGCUCUUUCGGUAUGAUUCGUGUCCAGAAUAUAGAGGGGUCGAUGAGUCUCACUAUGUUUACAGAGUUCGAGAUCGUUUACGGAGAGAAUAUCUAGUCCCACUUCGCAGAGCUUUAGAGUUACCGGAAAUUUACAUGCGUGCCAAUAAAUGGGAUAAGCUUCAAUAUGAUCGAAUCACACCUACUGCCAUGGAAACUUACAAGAGAUUGUUCUAUAAACAUGAUCGUGAAGGGUUUUUGCAGUACCUCCAAAAUGUGGAGUGCCGUAAAAUGUCAAAAACCAUUACCAAAGAAUUGUUCCCUUAUGAGAUAUUAAACCUUUUUGGUUAUGUUAGUGUCGAUGAAGUUGAGCUCCAAUGGAAAAAAAAUGAUAAAUACCUUCUCCGAAAAGGGAAAAUUUUUAAAUUGCAUUUUAGUCGUAGAUGUUAACGUCUUUCGUUCUACAUAUGAUUGUAAAGCAAGAUUCUGUCUCGCAUUUGCAUUGAUGACAUCUGAACUCUGUGCAAGCCCAUGGAAGAGAAAGGUCUUGACAUAUAGCAUCAAUCCUGAGUUUGUGAACAUUGAAGGAGAUGAUCUUGGAUCGAAGAUAAAUUUUUUGAGAUCUCUACCUAUGUGUGAAUGCCCGAAGAGCGUACAGCUGUUUGAUAAAAUGUUGGAAGCUGCAAAAAACUUGAAAUUGAGUAAGGAGAAUAUGAUCGAAAGGAUUUUUGUGUAUGAUUUUUGGGGACGGUGUAAUGACUAUUACAGUUGGGAAAAGGAACAUGCGGCAAUGGAACACGAGGCAAUGCGUGAAAAGUAUGAAAGGAAUGGAUAUGCGAUGCCGGACAUUGUGUGGUGGGGUAUUCGGGGAGAAUCAGAAGCAAGUUUCAAAAUUUUCUUGGAGGGAGAUGGGGCCUUCGGCGUAAUGGCUAUGUUGGAAUCUAAGAUAUGCAGUGAAGAUUACCUGAAACUUGUGGUGCAUGAUUAAUUUUUAGGUUCUUGGAAGUUGUGUUAUUUUCUUUCUAAUAAAUUUUAAUCUAAAUUAUAUUCAUAAAGGUGCGAUUAUAUC